AUGGAAACAUAUUUAUUCAUACCAGAAAAAAUAAAAGAAUUCUUUCAAAAGGCUACUGAGUGUGAUUAUAUAUUCAAGUUUAUUAAAGGUGAUUAUGUUAAAUUUGAAAAUUUAAAUAUCUAUGUUGAAUUUUAUUCUGAAUUUUACUACAAAGUAAGAGACUUCCAUGCUAUCAAUUCAAGUGUGAUUUUUUUAAUUGAAAAAAGCAAACACUUAAACAAAUUAAAAGCAAAAGAAAAUAAAAAAUACCGAGAAAACAUUUUAUGUAGUGCUAACAACGAAAUAAAUCUAUCGCAAAGUUUAGAACCAUUAGACUUUCAUCAAUUUCAAAUAUCAACAAGUAAAAACAUUAUUUACGUUGAAACUGUAGAUGAGUUAAUUGAAGAAAUAAAAAAUCUAAAUUAUUUUAAUAAAGAAAGUGAUAUUAAAGGAAAUAAUCCUAAAAAGCUUACAAAUGAUUCAAAUGUUAAUUUUAUGGAAUCAUUACUUCAAAAAAUACCAGGAGUAAGCAUACUAAUAUCAAAUGUUAUAGUAAAAGAAUUUCCUUCAAUAAGUUUGUUUGUUUCAAAUUUAAAUUCUGAUGAAAAUUUACUUAUCAAAACAGUUUUUACAGACGAAAAAGGAAAUAAGAUAAAAUUAAAAGAAAACAUAAUUGAGAGAAUCAAGACAGUUUUCAUGUCAACAGAUUCUGAUAAAAAGAUUGUCGAAUAA